GCAACUCUCCCUCUCAAUGGAACUACGGCUCCAACAAAAGAACCCAUUCACACACAAAGAACCAAUGGCCCAGUACAGGUGACUACUCUCUGCGACCUGCUACAGCAUACGAUAGCCACGAUACAUGCCAUAGUUAGACACCAUCUCUAUGUCACCCCGGCCACCAGCCAAAUGGAAGGCCCCGCGACAGCAGGCUCGAGCUUGACAGGCUUGCCUGCAGCCGUGGCCCGAUGGGAACAGCUCAUCACCCGCGCCAGACUCCAACGUCUCGAUCCCGACCAGUUCGGCGUCUUCUCCAAGAUCCUCCUCGUCAAGCACCCCCUACCGCCCGGCCUCAUCGCCGAGCUCCUCCUCCGGCCCACCGCCGACAACAAUGUCGCCCUCGACCCGCGAGCGCCUCUCUACCUCACGCACCUUAUCAAGCAGAGGCGCGUUGACACCGCUUCCGUCCUCAAAGCCCUCUACAAAUACUCAACCAUACACACCAAGAUACACCCACAACCAGAAGACCAACCGUCCAAGGAACGAGAUGCGAGCGCGCCGCGGCGAAAGAAGCUGCAACGAUGGACAUCGUCAUACUCCUCCGAGGCCAUUCUCUUUUGGCGCCUGGCGCAAACAGUCAACCAAGGAAUUGGGAUCAAGAGCGGCAGGGAUGUCGUCGAGACAUCCAGGAUGCUGGUGAGGUGGAUGGCCUUGUUCACCGAGGCUGCGACCAUCUUUUCGCAGGAUGCUUUUGGGAGCAUGCACAGUUUGAAUGCCAGUAAGCUGGAGAUGGAGAGGUCGCGUGAAUCAUUCAUCAUGUUUUUGAAUGCCUUCAGCGCGCACCCAACGGUACCAAAGACGUUUCAGAUUCCAGCAGCCAAAGGCAUCAGGAAACAGCUUUCGCAAAGUUUGGAGGCUUUUCUGCCCUCGAUCAUGCAGGUCAAUCCCUCGAUUGCCAGCCAACUCGACAUGUUCCGAGCACAGAGUCUCGCGACGCACGAUUCGACCGAAAAGAAGGACCCGGCCGUUUCAGACAUGAACAGCUACAUGGACAACGUGAUGGGCUUGGAAAGCUUUCAGGUCCCCGAAGUUCCCAUCGCCAACACCCGAGCUGGGUUAUAUGUUUACCUGAGCGCUGCACUCGUUGGGCGCCCCAUGAUUGAUGAUGCGGCGCUCUUCACAUAUCUACACAACAGAUAUAGGGGUGAUGUUCAGCAAGCAGCCGUCCAGUUGAUCUUGGCAUCAUUUGACGUCUUGGCGAACGCCGUCUUUCGCAACGAGGGGGCCAAAGCCGGGCAUUUGCUCAAGUCUUUUGUGGUCAACAAGGUGCCACUGGUUUUGGUUUCUCUUGCGCAAUCCUCGCCAUUAUACACGUUCAAUCCCGAGAUUUGCAUUACCGAGGCGUUGGGUCAGGUGGAUACAAACAUCUUCCCGACCUUUUCGGGCAUGUUUGACAUGUCCUCCAACACCGGGUCGUCGUUUCAGGACUCGGUACGACAAGACUUUUGCUUUGCCUGCCAGCUUCACGGGUUGUUGUCCCAGACGGCUAUAGAGAACCUUUUGGGAGACAUUACCUACCAGACGCUGCCGGACGAAGGGCGUUAUGUCAAGGAUAUUCUGGUCCAGUCGUGCCUGCAGGACUCGGACAGGACGCAAAAACUGAUUGGGGAGUUGGAUAACAUGAAUGGGAACGUGGGGGCGGCUGCGCAGGCGGUGGUGGAGGUGAUUGGCAGUCUCUGUAGAAACACGGAGACGAUGGCUUUGAAGCAGUUGUGCGGCCAGUUGGCGAGCAAGCCGCUGUCGUUAGAUAUUAUGCUGCUCUUCAGUCCGGCGCAAAAGAUUUUGCACCCGCUGCGGGAGCUGAUUGAUCAUUGGGGGGGGUAUGAUGAGGAGCAGGGGGAGUACCAGCCGGUGUACGAGGAGUUUGGGUCGGUGUUGCUGCUGCUGAUGGCGUUUGUGUAUCGGUACAACCUCUCGCCGGCGGACUUGGGGGUGAGGUCGCCGGAUUCGUUUGUUGGGAAGCUGAUUGGGGGAGGGCAUGCUGUGAGGCUGCUUUCGGAUCUCAGUCCGCAGGAGCAUUCGCACCUCAAUGGGUGGAUACAGGGCCUGUUUGCGGAGGGGGGGUUGGGGGAUGAGUUGAUGGCUUCGUGUCCUCCGCAGGAUUUCUACUUGCUCAUGCCGGUGCUUUUCGGGCAGAUUUCGGUGGCCUUGAGCGCGGGGUUCUUGAAUGAGGAGACGCUCAAGAGUGGGCUUGAAUAUUUGGUCGAGGUCUUUUUGUUGCCCUCGCUGGUUCCAGCCAUUUUAUAUCUGUCCAACCAGCUCUGGGCGGAGGGCCCAGAAGGGCAGAGGUCCAUCAUCAAGAUUCUCCAGCUGCUCAUCCGGCCGAAUUCCAUCUCCAACGAGGCGUCGGCAAUGUUUCAGUCAGUCCUCAACAUUGUCGCCAAACCAUUGGAGCACGCCCUACGAUCAUAUCAACGCUCGGACCCCAAAUCUCAAGAGGUUGAGCCGCUGCUGAGAGCCAUCAAGGAGAACCUCACGGUCUCGAGGCGAACGGGCGGGGCUGACCAUGCCGAGCUUGAGUCGUGGACGACGACGCAUGGUAACCACACGCCUGGGAGUCAUCCGAAUGCGACUGCAUUACCGGGCGGUCUAGCAGCAACAAAUCGACCACCACAGGCGCAGCACCCGGAUGGGGGGAUCUCGGCUGCGGUGAGGCACACUGUUCAGAGCCUGGUGAAUUGGGUCCAGCAAGCGCCGCUGGGGGGGAAUACCACGCCGACGGCCUACACCCACCGCCAGACGCUUGCUGCGCUCAAGCUGCUCGGGGCAAGGCAGCUUUUGACUGUGCUGCUGGAUGAGCUGAAGACGUUGACGGAGUCGGGGCAGGGGAGCGUGGCGUAUGAUGUGGUUUGUUCGCUUGUCUGCGCGCCGGAUGUGACGAACGAUACCUCGUUGGCUUCGUCUGACACGCCUAACGAUGGGACAGCGGGCGGGGCGGGUGCCUUUGCCGCUGCUCCACCGCCGCCGGUUCAGAGGAGGUUGACGCUGAGGGAGGUGCUCAAGCAUGAGGCGGAUGACUGGAAAAGGAUUCAGAAGCAGGACCCGGUCAUGGCGGAGACGGUGGUGAGGUUGUAUAGGCAGGUUGAGGGGCAGAUGGAGAUGCCGCAGACUGCGGUGGCGGGGCUGUUGGGGCAGCAGGAUAUGGUUUCGGGGUUGGGGUUGUGGGGGGGAUUGGGUUAG